AUUAAUUUUGUUUGCUAUUGUUUACGUUUUAUAAAUAAAAAUACCAUAUCUAACAUUAAAAUAUAUAUUACACGUUGAAUCUCAUAAUUAUAAUAUGUAAAAUGUCUACCCGUUCUUUAUCAAAGACUAGUGAUUUAUAUACAUAUGAAUAUUUUCUUCAAGAAAAUAUAUGCAGGUUUUGUUGGCGACCAGAGGCGGAUAGAGAAAUAAUAUCGGUCGAAAGUGCAAAGGAAAGUGUUGUAAAAAAUGAACUUGUGGAUAAAAUAAGGGAUUGUUUAGAUCUAGAUUUAUAUGAUGACAACUACCCUAAGAAGACUUGCACAACUUGUUGUAGCAAGAUAGAAAAUUUUUACGAAUUUAAGAUUUCUUGCAGAGAAAAAGAUAUAAAGUUGCGUGAUAUUUUUAAAAAUAAAAUAAACCGUACACUUCCAUUGGAAAAAUGUGUAAAAGUUGAAAAAAUCGAAGACAUUUCAAAUUUAGAAUUAGAGAAUAAUCAAUUGAAUGGUGAGUUUUUGAAUUUACAACAGUCAGACGGGGAAAGCAAUUAUGAACCUUCAGAAAACGAAAUAGAGCUUAAUUUAGUAAAAGUGAAAAGGAAAAAAUAUAAACCAAAAAGGUCACCUACAUAUUGCAAUAUUUGUAGAGUUGAUUUUGAGACCACAGAUAAACUAAACAUCCAUAAUGCAGAAUCUCAUGGUAUAGAAGAAAAAAGUGGUUUAUUCAAAUGUUUUGGUUGUGAAAAGAGGUUUAAAAGUAGAAAGACACGUCUGGGCCACGAAAUUAACUUCUGUAAAGGCUUAAAAGAUGGAUACAAGUGUGGUAUGUGCACUAGGUUUCUUCCAAAACGGAGAAUGUAUGAAUCACAUAUGAGAGACCAUAGACACAAUCCUAAUGCUUCUGUGGAGUUACCAGAAGAUAUUUUUGAGUGUGCAAAGUGUUUGCAAUGUUUUAAAACUAGAGAAUGUUUAAAAACACAUUUGUCUGAACAUGAUGCUGAUAAAAAGCAUUUUGUUUGUGAAACAUGUGGCAGGGUGUUCACUCGUCAAGACUACCUGCACAAGCAUAAAUUGACACAUACAGGCACAAAGCAGCAUGUGUGUCCCCAUUGUGGCUUCAGGACCACUCAGAGGUCUUCUCUCACUGUACACAUUCGGAAGCACACUGGUGAAAGGCCAUACAGCUGCGACGUGUGUCCGCAGCGCUGCAUCUCCAGCUCUAAUCUGCGAGCUCACCGCCGGAGGCAUCUUGGUUUCAAGAAGUACGAGUGCAAUAUUUGCAACAAAAAGUUCGGCUACAAAGUAAGUCUAGAAGAACAUAUUGCAUCGACUCAUGAACGAUCGCAGACUUAUCCUUGUGAGCAAUGUGGCGCCAUUUACACUAGAGUACGAGGUUUGCGGCGCCAUCUGUUAGCAAAACAUGCGAAACAAGACGUCAAAAUCAAUAGAAUCGACAAGACAACUACAAACGGUGAUGUCUACUUGAAAAUGACAACGCAAAAUGAGAUUAAUGCUGAAGAGAAUAAGGACGUGAUUACUGUGAAGGAAGUAAACUAUGAGAUCAAAGAUGGCGAAGAUUUCGUAUUAAUUAGUACUGACAAUAAUGUUAUAUUGUCAAAAAUAUAUUAAAUGUAUUAAGAAUUUUAAAA